AUGGAAUCGCGAGAGGAGCGUAUUGUCGCAUAUCUCAAUUCACAUCCCAAAUUUUUGGAAAAUUAUGCCACUGGACCGAAUGUGACCAAUGAGGUAUUUCAUCGAUGGUGUUCCAGGCGCAAUAUGAGAGUUAAAAAGGAGGCCUUAAAAGGAAUGAAUGGACCAUGGAUGGCAGAUGAUCUGUCCAGCUUUUAUAAUCUACUUAUCUCCAGUGGUAACAAUUUGCCUCUCAUUCUUUAUGAAUUGGGACAUGCCUGUGCACAGUUAACCCACAAUGAAUUGUUUGAUGUGACAAUGUACAGUGAAAAUAAUGCUUAUUUUAUUGACCGAAUAGGAACUAAUGUCCAAUUAAAGCAAAUGACCAAAGACAAACGAUUGCCUGUCUAUACGAAAAAAGUGGAAGAUUAUUCAGGAGUCUUGCUUGGAGAAAUUCAUUUCUACCGUUCCCUCACCGAACAACAUCACAUUUGCAUUAAUAUUCUCUGUACUUGGGGUAGCGCUCUCAUCUACUACGCACAGGAUAUUGUCAGUAUGGAUGCUGUUAUCAAAAAAGUUAUGAAUUUCGCUCAAAAGUUGACAAAUGCAGACCGAUCUUCGCUCUUUCUUGUAGAUCACAGAAGAAAAGAACUGUAUGCUAGAAUCUUCGAUGUAGGUACUCAAGAAGAUGAACAAAUUAAAAUUAACGAAGAUGGUAAUGAAGAGAUUAGAUUUCCAGCUAACAAGGGUAUCAGUGGGUAUGUUGCUAUGACAGGACAAGUUCUGAAUAUCGAAAAUGCUUACGAAGAUCCGCGAUUCAACAAAGACAUAGACCAAAAGACGGGUUACAGAACCAGGAAUAUUCUUUGCAUGCCUAUUUUCAUUCGUAAAUCAGUGAUCGGUGUAGUAGAAAUGAUUAACAAAACGGAUGGACCAUUCACAAAACGAGAUCAAAAUUCCUUUGAAACAUUCGCCGUGUAUUGUGGCCUAGCAUUGCAUCAUGCCAAGCUUUAUAAUCAGAUAAGACGCUCUGAGCAGAAGUAUCGGGUGGCACUAGAAGUAUUGGCAUAUCAUAGUGUAUGCAACAAGGAAGAAGUGAAGAAGCUAAAAAGUGUCAAAAUUGACGAUGAAAUCAAGGAAUUGGAUAAAUUCGAAUUUAAUGGACUUCAAUUAACUGAGCUUGAGAAGCCGCUUUAUGCUAUUUAUAUGUUCCGAAAGCUUUUUAAAGGGAAAUUCAAUUAUGACGAAGAUGACUUAAUUCGCUUUGUACUCACUGUGCGCAAAAAUUACCGCCAAGUAGUGUACCAUAACUGGUUGCAUGGAUGGACUGUAGCGCACGCUAUGUAUUGCUUACUUCGAACUACUACAAUUUUCAACUUGAAACAGUCUCUAGCACUAUACAUAGCGUGUUUAUGUCACGAUCUCGAUCACCGCGGCAAGAAUAAUGCAUAUAUGAAAUCGAUGAGUAGCCCAUUGGCAUCAAUUUAUUCAACAUCAGUGAUGGAACAUCAUCAUUUCAAUCAAACUGUUAUUAUUUUACAACAGGUUGGACAUAAUAUUUUGAAGUCUUUCUCCUCAGAAGAAUACAAGGAAAUAUUGGGUAUUAUUAAGCAUUGCAUAUUAGCUACUGAUCUGGAGGUAUUCAUUAGCAAUAAAAGGGAAAUGGAAGCAAUUCUAGCUGAUGGUAAUUUCAAUUGGGACAAUGCAGAUCAUCGGUUUUUAAUGAAAACUAUUUUGAUGACUGGCUGCGAUGUGAUUGCCGCAUCGAAGCCAUGGCCUAUUCAUACUGAAGCUGUCAAAACAAUAUUCGAGGAAUUUUAUGAGCAAGGAGAUGAGGAACGAAAAAAUGGACAAGAUCCGAUUGCAAUGAUGGAUCGAGAAAAGGUAAAUGAACUACCGCAGAUGCAAGUAACUUUCAUGAAGUAUAUCUGCAUUCCGUGUUAUGAACUGAUCGUCACGACGAUUCCCGAAUGUCAACAGUUGCUUGACCGCUGUUUGUACAACAUGAAAAAGUGGCAGGAAUUAGCUGAUGAGCAAAAAGGCGAAGAUGAAGAAAGAGUGAUUUAA